AUCCUGGCUCCCGUUUCGGGGUGGGGUCCGAGGGGCUGCCCAGGACCUGACCUCUGCCUGGCUGCCGCGCUGGUCGUGGCCGGGGGAGGAGCUGAUUUCCUCCUGCUUCCCGCUUCCCGCGGGGAAGAUAACAAUGGAAGUGAAAGAGGUGGAGCGGGGGCGAGGCCUGGUUUCUUGGGCCGGGUCGCCCUAUGGCCUGGGGCAAACCCCCUCCUCCUGGCCUCAACUGCUUUCGCUGUUUAGGGUAUCGGAUGAGGUGAUCCCCGAGCCUCCAGGCUCAGAAGGGGUGGGCGUUUGCAGCCGCUGCCGGGCCGCGUCUGGAACUUCUCAGACGGCUGCUGUCGGCUCUAAAUCUUAACCAAAUCCAGGCCUGCGGGCUCCUCCUUCCCCAGCUCCCCCGCCCCCCGCCAACCUGCGCGUGGAGAAAGGCGCAGUGGCCUCCGCGCCCUUCCGACCCGUGCGCUUUUCUGGGGUCCCCCGUCCGAGCCCCAUCCCGACACUGAGCAGAGCAUCUCACUGCAGACCUGGAUGCAGCGCCGAGGCUUCCUCCUCCUCGCCCUCCUCGCCCUGCUGGCGCUCACCUCCGCGGUGGCCAAAAAGAAAGACAAAGUGAAGAAGGGAGGCCCGGGGAGCGAGUGCGCGGAGUGGAUCUGGGGGCCCUGCACCCCCAGCAGCAAGGACUGCGGCGUGGGUUUCCGCGAGGGCACCUGCGGGGCCCAGACGCAACGCAUCCGGUGCCGGGUCCCCUGUAACUGGAAGAAGGAGUUUGGAGCCGACUGCAAAUACAAGUUUGAGAGCUGGGGGGCAUGUGAUGGGGUCACAGGCACCAAAGCCCGCCAAGGCACCCUGAAGAAGGCGCGGUACAAUGCCCAGUGCCAGGAGACCAUCCGUGUGACCAAGCCCUGCACCCCCAAGACCAAAGCCAAGGCCAAAGCUUCAUUCCUGACUCACAGCAGCCCUGGAGGCCAACAGGGCAGAGUGGAAUCUGCCCACUUCUCAGCCAAGAAAGGGAAGGAAAAGGACUAGCGGCCAGGCCUGGAUGCCAAGGAGCCCCUGGCUUUACUCGGAGGCCUGGCCCACGCCCUCCCUCUCCCGGCCCAGGAUAUAACCCACCAGUGCCUUUUGCCUACUCAUUAGCUUUAUCAAUCAUGCCCUGCUUCUUCCCUUCCACUUGCCCACACCCACCCCAAGUGCCCAAAGUGGGGAGGGACAAGGGAUUCUAGGCAGCUUGAGCCUUACCCAAAGGGAUUUGAUUCCCCUGUACCCACUUUUCUUCUUCCCCCAAUGAUGCCAUUACUAAGAAAGAAAUAAAUGUCUUUUUUUUUUUUUCCCCAAUAAAAGCUUUCUUUUAA